AUGUUGGAAUUGGAUUCUCGGCACUAUUGUGCUACCGUACUUCAUUCUGAUUAUCGAACUCUACGUGGCUGCUCAACACAUGAAAAACUGGUGUGUCAUCAAUUUAUUCGUGAACAGCUAAAAAGCAUGCAUCAGCAAUCAAUUAAUAAAGAUGGUGAAUCACAAAAGAAGAAACGAUUAAAAAUUGAUCACUUAUCGAUAUUAGAUGAUUUCAAAGAUGAUCCAGAAGCUAGUGAUUAUGAUGAAUGUAGCGAUGAUGAUGACGUUAAGAGCGUCGAAUAUUCAUUACCAGUCACAAAGUCCGAUGAAUUAAGCAAAUAUUUAUCAAUGAAAAUCGGUAUGAAACAAUAUUCAUCUGAUGUUCUUACAUUCUGGCGAAACAACGCUGAUGAAUUUCCAAAUCUUUCUAGACUAGCUAGACGAAUUCAUUCAAUUCCAGCAACCAGCGCAGGUGCGAAGCGCCAAUUCAGUAUUGCUGGACUCGCGCUCAGUGAGAGACGAAAUAGUUUAGAUCCUGAACAAUUAGAUAACAUUAUAUGUAUCCGUGCAAUGGAAAAAAUGAAGGGGAAGAUAUAG